ACAUUUAGUUGAACUAGCUUUGGCUGACGUUAACAUUGUGUUAAUAUUAAUAGUAUUUUAAUGUAAAUUUAAAUAAAUGAAAACAUGAAUAUUUUACUACAAAUUUUAAUUCAGUACUUUAAACAAUACUUCAUAUUGCAUUUCCACAAAAAGGACACAUUCAGUUGAUCAAAUGUGACAGUAAAGACAUUUGUAAUGUGUGUGUUUUUUUUUAUCCUGUUCUUUUUAACUAUUUUUAAGAACUCCGCUAAAAAUGUAUUAUGAUUUCCACAAAAACAACAACGAAUUACAAUGAUUUCUGAAGGAUCAUGUGAUACUGAAGACUGGAGUAAUAAUGCUGACAAUUCAGCUUUCCCAUCACAGGAAUAAAUUACAUUUCACAUUAUUAUUAUUAUUACUGUUUUUACCUUUUUUAAAUUAAAUAUAAAUUCUUGAACCUUGCAAGACGUUUCACAAAUGAGGGCUACCAUCUAGACCAACUAUCUUUGUCCUGAUGUUCUCAGUGUUUGCUUCUGCGUUGUGAAAACCUUAUCUCACUCUCUUUAUUGUUUCAGUCACGGUUUCUCUGAGAUUUCCUAUAUCAGAUCAAAGACCCCUGGACCAAUGCACAGCUCACGAUUCUGAAGCAGAACUUCUGAAGAACAGAUAAAGGGAAUCUCUAAGAGAGCUGUUGCUGAGCGUCCCUCUUUGACACCCAACGCCUGACUGCGCAUAAGUGGAAGGGAGCAGAGAGAGGGAGGAGAAAAGAGAAAAACAGCAGGAGGAGUGUGAAAUCUAACCAGACUACAUUGAGGAGCCACAGGCUGCGCACAGAACGUCGCUCUGGAGUUCGAAAGGAUGAAAGGGGGAAGAUUGAGAUUAUUGCUGCAGAGAUUUCGGAGGUGAGGGCAACUGGAAACUUAUUGACUUCUUUGGCGUCAAUACUGGGGAGGAGAUGAGAAUAAAGUGAUUUUAAUCCACAGGAGGCACAUGACUGUUGCUGUGCAUGAGUGACGUGCUUUUAAUCCUUCAGAAAAGAGGUCAUUUUUGAAUAUAGAUAAACUUACUUUGAAAUACUUUACCUUUCAAAACCCACAUCGAUUUUUUGUGGGAGGGAGAGAUCUGAGGAUUGGAAUCGGAUUUGAGACUUCGGGGCUUCAAAGACAUCUUCCGCUGCAAUUUUUCGGAGAAAAACAUGCGUACGUAAACCACAUGCAGACUUACUAUUCAGUGCAAUCUGGAAUCAGGAACCUCCUAGGAGAAGCAAGUCAGCUGUAGUCUUGUGUGCGGCGGCGCUCUGAGGAAUAGUGCUGGGAACGGAUUCACUUCUGGCAUAAAAUGACAAAUUUAUCACAGCCGAUAUUUCCUGACCCACUCUUUCAGAGAGCAUGUGGCUUAUUUCGCCUUCUCCCCUUGCUUUUGAAGCUGUGAGACUCUUCUUUGGAAAAUAAGAGCCGGUGGUCGUGCCUACAGACCUGGAGAACUGAAAUAUUUAAUAUUUAAUACUCUGGCUGUGAACGAUGCAAUUAACGAUGAAUAUAAACCGAAGCAGCUGUGAUCAGUAUGCAUAGGUUGCCUGUGUUCACUCAGAGAACUGUGGGAGUGAGUUAAGGCUAGAGGACUGAUGACUGAUAGCGGAAAGAGGUUUGCUGUGAGGAACUAAUCUUGUGCGUUAGCUUGUUUGCUUCUGGCUGAAUUUAGAAAUAGAAAGUGUGGCUCAUUCUUGAUCUUUUUCUCUUGCUUCCUCAUUAUUUCUUCCUCCCAUCACGCCUCAGUUCGAGGAACAGGUUGCUGUGCUAUAAAGCCGUUUUAGAUUAACUACUGUUUCCAGGACUGCUGUGUCUUUGGGAUGAACAGUUAAGGCAAAUCAUAUGGGGCUACAAAACUCUGUUUGAUUGAACAUUCAGCCACCCAUCAUUUUUAUCUCGUCUCUCAUAAUCAACAUGGUUCCACCGCCCCCUUCCAACAAGCCACACGUUUGCCUUUCGUGUGUGCUUAUCAUGAGUAGCAUGGCGCUGCUGGACGCCUACCUUGUGGAGCAGAAUCAAGGUCCACGGAAGGUGGGCGUCUGCAUUAUGGUGAUGGUAGGGGACGUGUGUUUCCUCAUCGUGCUGCGGUACAUCGCGGUAUGGGUCGGCGCCGAAGUACGAACUGCUAAACGCGGCUACGCCAUGAUCCUCUGGUUCUUCUACGUCUUUGUGCUGGAGAUCAAGGUAUACUUUGUCUACCAGAACUACAAGGCAGAAGGCGAGAGAGCGGACGCUCUUACCUGCAAGGCUUUGACGGUGCUGCUUUCCAUUUUUCUGCCGGGACUUUACGUCACGUUGGCAGCCAUCGACCACAUGGAAUAUGUUCGUCCGCUCAAAAAGAGGGAGGAGUUGAGGAGUCGGCUGUUCUGGGUCGUGGUGGAUCUCCUCGACAUCUUGGACAUUCAGGCCAGCCUAUGGGAGCCUCAGAGAAAAGGGCUCCCUCUAUGGGUUGAGGGCCUUACUUUUUUCUACUGCUACAUACUACUUCUGAUACUGCCGUGUGUGUCGCUAAGUGAAAUUAGCAUGCAAGGUGUGAACAUUGUGCCGCACAAGAUGUUGUUGUAUCCCAUUCUCAGUUUGGUCGCUAUCAAUUUUAUUACGAUCUUUAUCCGGGGAGGGAAUAUGGUGUUUUAUAGGGACAUCCGAGUGUCUGGAAUACUAAUGGGUAAGAACGUCCUCGCCAUUGUCCUGAAAACGUGCAGCUUCGUGCAGUACCGGAGAAACAUGCAGGAGGCGUCAACACCCGCUCUCGCUCCCGAACUACAGAGGGACGCAGUGCCACAAAGUUCUCGAGGGGCAGUGCCAGUCGUAAUGCCCAUGCCCAUCACCAUGCCAACUCCGAAGGUAGUCAUACAAGAUCUCACCACACUUCCAGAAGAGUCCGAACUUGAGGAGACAUGACAAAAGGGGGAAUGAGGAGAGUUUGCACGGUGGAUACAUGGACAAUGCACAACAUGAACUGCUUUGAGAUUUUUUGUCCUAAUGUUAAUGUGGGUGUACACUGUAUGAUUUAUUACUUUAAGAAUGUUUCUUAUCAGAUUGUAUGAUGACAUUAAUGAAUGGAUACAUACCAGAAUGUUCUGUACAUAGGGCAGACCUUUAGCUGCAUUGACCGGGCAUUUUAAAGCAUCACUAAAUUAUUUUCUUCAGUAUUUGUAAUUUAUUGCCCUGUAGAAAUAUCUAAACAUCCUUAAAACAAAAUACAUUUUGGCUACUUAAAAUUGAUUUAUAUAUUUAGAAUAUUAAUCUUUGUGUGCACCUACUUUUAGUGAAAAAAAAAAAAAAAGAUUACAAUCGUUGAUGAGAUGAUUUGUUUGUCAAAUGAAGACACAAGGCAGCUGUGGAUCUGGGGUCCAUUCAUUUCCAGAAAAAAAGUAUUUAAUCCUGAAAUGUAGUAGUUUAUGAAGUUUAUUAAUUAACAAGUGGAAUGCCAAGCAAAUCGCACUUGAACGAACUCUCAGUGACCCGAUGAUUGUACAAUCACAGACAGCUGCGAAUAUAUCAUCUAUUUUCGUUUUUCCUGGUGGGUGUUAAAAAUGUGGUACAUAAUGUUUUUUUGCAGUAAAAUCAUCAUAUUUUUGCAGUCAUUUAAUAACUACGUAUGGUGAAAAGUUGCGUUUUGAAACAACUCGUACUAUAAUUCAUUUCUGUUAUCUUAUAUUUGAUGGGUUUAUGCUUCAUAUAUUCUUUGUUUUGAUGUUUUAUGAAAACCAAAUGAAUGAUAUUUUGCUAUUAAAACAAUGUUUUUGUUGAUAUCUAA